AUGGAUCCCAAUUUCAAGCUACUGGAUACUGGUGAUACUCCUACUUAUGAUCCUAAUUUCAAGCCAUUGAGUACCUGUGACCUUGAGACUCAAGGACUGCUGGCAUCUCUUGACGCUACUGCUGAGGCUGAGGAUGAGGAUUUCUGUUCUGGUGGAAAGAAGCAAGAGCGGAAACGGAGGCUGAUAGAAGUUGGUUCUGAUGAUGAUGAAGUUGAUACUGAUGUCGAAAUAACAGAUCCUCCAACUCAACCCUCCCAGCCUCGCAAGCAAUUUAAUCAAACCCGUAAGGGUAAUGACAUAGUAUGA